UAUUUUCUGUUUCUCAGUCUCUCUCUCUCUCUCAACUUCGAAGCUUCCACAGAGCAAGACACAUCGUUAGAAAGCUAAAAAAGAGAAGAGAAUGGUGUUGCCAGAUGCUUCUGGGGAUGUGCUGUCAGAAAUGGACGUGGAUGCUUUCAGACGCCUGUUUCCUCUUCGUUUUUUUGAGACUCAUCUUGUUAAAUCUACACGACCUGAUGGCAGGUCACUAGCCGAAGCUAGAGAGACUUCUUCAGCCCUUGGGGCUGUUGCAUCUGCUGAUGGUUCAGCAUUAGUAAAGAUUGGUUCAACUAGAAUGUUGGCUGCUAUAAAAAUGGAGGUCAUGACCCCUUCAAAAGAGUCACCGGAUGAGGGUUGCAUAGCAAUUGAUUUCCACAUGCCUCCAAUUUGUUCCCCAACUGUUAGGCCUGGCAGGCCAGCUGAGGCAGCACCUGUGGUGUCGAAGCAGUUAUCGGACACUAUUUUAAGUUGUGGCAUGAUUAAUUUGAAGGAGUUAUGCUUGAUCAGCGGAAAGGCUGCUUGGAUGGCCUACCUGGACAUAUAUUGUUUGGAUGCUGAUGGUGCUCUUUUCGAUGCUGCUUUGCUGUCAGCAGUUGCUGCCUUUUCUCACUUGCAGAUUCCUGUAGUUUCUAUGAAUGAUGAUGGGAAAGUAGUAGUUUUGUCUGGAGAUCAUGGAGGAAAGGAGCCAGUCAAUAAAGGGAAGAGGAAACUCACAUUAAGCAGUAUUCCAUUUUCAUUAACAUGCUUGCUUCAUAAGAAUUACAUCUUGGCUGACCCUACCGCAGAGGAAGAGUCUGUAAUGGAAACUCUUGUAACUGUGGUUUUGGAUUCAUCUGGUCAACUUGUGUCUCUUUACAAGCCAGGUGGACCUGUUCUUGCCUAUACAUCAGCUAUCCAGGAUUGUGUUGCACUGACUAGGCAAAGAGCGAGGGAGCUUCAAACGAUCUUAGAUGAAGUCACCUCCGGUAUGGAGGUUGAUUAGUUUUGUCCUUCAUCUCCUAAGGGGAUUGUGUUAUUGGUUUACAUCUUGGUUCUAUAUCCUUGUUUUGUGUUGAAAGUUGUUGCGCUGGAGGUUUCUGAAAGUUAGAAAUACUAGUUUUAUUUUUCUUUUUAUAUGUGGAACAGCUCUGCAAUUUUGUUCAUUUUUCACAUUUUUAGAGCAAUUAGCAGAUGUGAGAAUUCUGGUUUCUUGAAAUUUUGAUGCCUUGAGCUACUUUCAGCAUGGGCAAAGCAUCCCGUUGCAAA